AUGGAACCUGAGGAGUACAGAAGGAGAGGAAAGGAGAUGGUGGAUUACAUCUGCCAGUACCUGAGCAGCGUGCAGGAGCGGCGGGUGACUCCGGAUGUGAGGCCUGGCUACCUGCGGGCCCAGCUGCCCGAGAGUGCGCCCGAGGAGCCCGACAGCUGGGACAGCAUCUUUGGGGACAUUGAGCGAAUCAUCAUGCCCGGGGUGGUACACUGGCAAAGCCCCCAUAUGCACGCCUACUACCCAGCUCUCACCUCUUGGCCAUCAUUGCUGGGAGACAUGCUGGCUGAUGCCAUCAACUGCUUGGGAUUUACCUGGGCUUCCAGCCCUGUGUGCACGGAACUGGAGAUGAAUGUCAUGGACUGGCUGGCAAAAAUGCUGGGGCUUCCAGAGCACUUCCUGCACCACCACCCUGGCAGCCAGGGGGGAGGCGUCUUGCAGAGCACUGUCAGUGAGUCUACCUUGAUCGCCUUGCUGGCAGCAAGGAAGAACAAAAUCCUGGAGAUAAAAGCGUCUGAGCCCGGGGCGGAUGAGUCUUCCCUGAACGCCCGGCUUGUUGCCUAUGCCUCUGACCAGGCCCACUCCUCGGUGGAAAAGGCUGGUUUGAUUUCUCUGGUCAAGAUGAAAUUCCUGCCUGUGGAUGACGACUUCUCACUCCGAGGGGAAGUUCUUCAGAAAGCCAUCAAGGAGGACAGAGAACAGGGCUUGGUGCCCGUCUUUGUCUGUGCCACACUGGGGACCACUGGGGUCUGUGCAUUUGACUGCCUGUCAGAGCUGGGCCCCAUCUGUGCCAACGAGGGGCUAUGGCUCCACAUCGAUGCUGCCUACGCGGGCACUGCCUUCCUGUGCCCUGAGUUCCGGGGGUUUCUGAAGGGCAUCGAGUACGCCGAUUCCUUCACCUUUAAUCCUUCCAAGUGGAUGAUGGUGCACUUUGACUGUACUGGGUUCUGGGUCAAGGACAAGUACAAGCUGCAGCAGACCUUCAGCGUGAACCCCGUCUACCUCAGGCACGCCGACUCGGGUGCGGCCACCGACUUCAUGCACUGGCAGAUCCCCCUGAGCAGGCGGUUUCGCUCUAUUAAACUCUGGUUUGUGAUCCGGUCCUUCGGGGUGAAGAAUCUUCAAGCGCACAUCAGACAUGGUACUGAAAUGGCUAAGUAUUUUGAAUCUCUGGUCAGAAACGAACCUUUCUUUGAAAUUCCUGCCAAGAGGCACCUUGGCCUGGUGGUUUUUCGUCUAAAGGGUCCUAAUUGCCUCACAGAAAGGGUGUUAAAGGAAAUAGCUAAAGCUGGCCGUCUCUUCCUCAUCCCAGCCACUAUCCAGGACAAGUUGAUCAUCCGUUUCACUGUGACAUCCCAGUUCACCACCAGGGAUGACAUCCUGAGAGACUGGAAUCUCAUUCAUGAUGCUGCCACUCUCGUCCUGAGUCAGCAUUGUACUUCCCAGCCUAGCCCUCAGGGGGGGAACCUCAUCCCCCAAACCAGGGGCCCCAGAGCCUUGGCCAAGGAACUGUCCUUUCCAUCUGUCAGCGGGGCAGGAGAUGACCCAGCCCAGGCCAGGAAGAUCAUCACGCAGCCUCCACAUGUGGGAGCCAGUCCCGUGAGAGGGGAAGGCAGCUGCCACCUUGAAACCCUGCUGGACCCACUUGAUGACUGCUUUUCAGAAGAGGCCCCAGACCUCACCAAGCACAAGCUGUCCUCCUUCCUGUUCAGUUAUUUGUCUGUGCAGAAUAAGAAGAAGGCAGUGCGUUCCCUCAGUUGCAACAGCGUGCCUGUAGGCGAUCAGAAGCCACUGCCCACAGAUGGCUCUGUGAAGAAUGGCGGCUCCUCCCGGGUCAGAAUCUUUUCUAGGUUUCCAGAAGAGAUGAUGAUGCUAAAGAAAAGUGCCUUCAAAAAACUAAUCAAGUUCUACAGUGUCCCCAGCUUUCCUGAAUGCAGCUCUUCAUGUGGGCUCCAGCUGUCCUGCUGCCCUCUGCAGGCAAUGGUUUAGACCAGGGGGUUCAGCCAGAGUCCAUGAAUGUGUUUCAGGGAGACUCUGAAUCCCUCAAAAUUGUAUGCUGAAUUUAUGUGCUUAUGUUUAUGUGCAUUUUUCUUGGGAGAAAGCCAAUGAUUUCUUAUCAGAUUCUCAUAGGAGUUCAUUACCUAUGAUAGGAUACAAAUAGAGAGUUUAAGCCAGCAUGAUCCAGAAGAUUCCAGCAGGCUGGUCAGAGAGAAAGGGUCUAGGGUGGUGUAUUGACAGGCAGCUUCUGUGGUUUAGCUUGUGACACUGAAACUUUCAAGUUUCAUGAAAUAUAAUGUGGAAAUAAAUUG